CUCUUCCUUCCUUCCAUUUACUGACUCUCUCUCCUUCCUUCCAUUUACUGACUCUCUCUCCUUCCUUCCAUUUACUGACUCUCUCUCCUUCCUUCCAUUUACUGACUCUCUCCUUCCUUCCAUUUACUGACUCUCUCCUUCCUUCCAUUUACUGUCUCUCUCCUUCCUUCCAUUUACUGACUCUCUCUCCUUCCUUCCAUUUACUGUCUCUCUCCUUCCUUCCAUUUACUGACUCUCUCCUUCCUUCCAUUUACUGACUCUUUCCUUCCUUCCAUUUACUGACUCUCUCCUUCCUUCCAUUUACUGACUCUCUCUCCUUCCUUCCAUUUACUGACUCUCUCUCCUUCCUUCCAUUUACUGACUCUCUCUCCUUCCUUCCAUUUACUGACUCUCUCUCCUUCCUUCCAUUUACUGACUCUCUCUCCUUCCUUCCAUUUACUGACUCUCUCUCCUUCCUUCCAUUUACUGACUCUCUCUCCUUCCUUCCAUUUACUGACUCUCUCUCCUUCCUUCCAUUUACUGACUCUCUCUCCUUCCUUCCAUUUACUGACUCUCUCUCCUUCCUUCCAUUUACUGACUCUCUCCUUCCUUCCAUUUACUGACUCUCUCUCCUUCCUUCCAUUUACUGACUCUCUCUCCUUCCUUCCAUUUACUGACUCUCUCUCCUUCCUUCCAUUUACUGACUCUCUCUCCUUCCUUCCAUUUACUGACUCUCUCGCCUUCCUUCCAUUUACUGACUCAGUGAGAGAACUGUAAGAGAGGGAGAGAAGAGUGACCAGUGGUGUGGGCAGAGAUGGGAGAACCAGAGUCCCUUAAGUUUGUCUCUCUGGAGGAGGAGGUGGACUACUGGAAGGAACAGACGGCCAAGCACCAACAGAGGGCUGAGGAGGUGCAGGAGGAGCUGCAGGAGUUCCAGCAGAUGAGUCGUGACUACGAGGUGGAACUGGAGACUGAACUCAAGCAGUGUGAAACACACAACCGAGAACUCGUCACACAGAACAACAGGCUACACACGGAACUGGAGAACUACAAGGAGAAGUAUGAAAGCCAGCACUCGGAGGCGUACCGUCAGAUCUCUACUCUGGAAGAAGACCUGGCUGAGACCACGGCCAUCAGAGACCAGCUCCAUAAAUACAUCAGAGAGCUGGAGCAGGCUAAUGAUGACCUGGAGAGAUCCAAGAGGGCGACCAUCAUGUCUCUGGAGGACUUUGAACAGAGGAUGAACCACGUGAUAGAGAGGAAUGCCUUCCUGGAGAGCGAGCUGGAUGAGAAGGAGAACCUACUGGAGUCCGUUCAGAGACUGAAGGAUGAAGCCAGAGAUCUAAGACAGGAGUUGGCUGUCCAACAGAAGCAGGAAAGACGACCGUCCUUCGCUGUCACCAAAGACUCUUCCUCCGACAAGACUGAGGACAAAACAUCCCUCUAUACCUCCCAUUCAUCAACACGACCGCCCUCAUCCCUCCAUACCGCUCCUCCUCCUGCUCUCCCUCCAUCCCUCCUCUCCACGCCCUCCAGACCCCCCCACCCCUCAGCAAGCCCCUUCACCACCCCCCCACCCUCUUACAGCAGAGGCGAUGGCCUAUCGGGUGCUUCUCUCACCACGUCAACACGUAUCUCAGCUCUCAACAUCGUAGGAGAACUGCUGAGGAAAGUCGGGAACCUGGAGUCUAAACUAGCGUCCUGUAGGGAGUUUGUCUAUGAACAGUCUCCUGGUCGCAGUACCCUCUCUGGGGGACAGGGGGCGCCACCCAUCCAGAGAGGCACUUCUUCUGACACACCGUCCACCACCAACGGACUCUACGAGAAAGGAAUGGUGAAGAUGUUAGACUUCGGACCAGGACCCAAAAUUAUUCUGUGAACCCCUCCGCCCUAGCCCCACACCUCAUCAACCCCUCCCGCCC